UUCAUCUCGUUCUUCACUCGUCUGCUGCUUUUUCCACAAGGAACAACAAAGCAGCUUCAACUUGUUCGGUCCAACAACAAGAUGACGAAGUUAUUUUUGUUUCUUCUCUUAUGUCACGUUUCAUCAGCAGUCAAACACUCCCUGAAGUAUUUCAUAAUUGGAUCUUCUGGAGUCCCAAACUUGCCAGAGUUCGUGGGCGCUGCAGUUGUUGAUGAUGUUCUGAUGUUGUCCUGCGACAGCAACAACAAAAUACCAGCCGUUAAACUGGACUGGUCGAAAGAAGUAUUCAGAAACAAUCCUGAGCACUUUGAGUGGUACAUCCAACAGUGUUCGGAAUUUCAGCCGAACCUCUUCAAAGUCACGAUUUACGGUUUGGCUCGACGCUUCAACCAAAGUGGAGGUGUCCAUGUUUUACAGAGGAUAAGUGGUUGUGAGUGGGAUGAUCAGACUGGAGAGGUUAAUGCUUUUAUGCAGUACGGAUACGACGGAGAAGACUUUCUAUUAUUUGACCUGAAGACACUGACAUUCAUCGCUUCAAAACCACAAGCUGUCAUCACCAAACUGAGAUGGGAUGCUGAGAAAGCAAGAUUAAAAACCAUUGAGAUGUACUUCACUCAGAUGUUCCCUCAGUGGCUGAAGGUGUAUGUGGCCCAUGGCAACAGCUCUCUGCUGAGAACAGAUCUUCCCUCAGUGUCUCUCCUCCAGAAGACUCCCUCCUCUCCAGUCAGCUGCCACGCUACAGGUUUCUACCCUGAGAGAGCCACACUCAGCUGGAGGAAAGAUGGAGAGGAGCUUCAUGAGGACGUGGAGCUCGGAGAGAUCCUCCCCAACCACGAUGGAACCUUCCAGAUGAGUGCUGAGCUGAAGCUUUCAUCAGUCACACCUGAAGACUGGAGCAGGUACACCUGUGUGUUUCAGCUCUCAGGUGUGAAGGAGGACAUCGUCACCAAACUGGACAAAGCAGACAUCAGGACCAACUGGGCAGAGGAGUCUAGUGAGGAGUCCAUCCCCACAAUCUCCUCAGUGGGGGUUUUUGCUCUCCUCCUCCUCAUCGUUGCCACUGGAUUCAUCGUUUACAAAAGGAGGAAAGCUCCUGGUGACGACGCUGAGCUCUCUGAGAGACUGAAUCCUGCAACCUGAUUGUCAGUCGCCCUCACUGAGUUCAGCUCUCAUGUGACUCGUCUCACACUGUACCACACGACAAACUAGAUGAGAGUAAAAAUACCCUCCUACAAAG